CGGACGCUUCUCGCUAUCCCGGGAGAUUUAGUGGCUCGAAGUCCGAGAAAAGUAAUGUAAGGAUGAUUUCUAAGCCUCUAAAUUAUUUGUAUGUUGAUUAUGUAGCGAUUAGUGUGAAACAAGCAGAAGUGCGAUGUUUACUCGUAUGUCUGUGUCAUUCCAAAUAAAUGUUAAUGACGUGUUUUAGCAUUAGCUUAAGCUAAUGUGACGUGGUAUACAUGUAUAUCCCUAACAAAAAAGUUCAGAGAGAAGCAGAUUGUGCGGAGAGUGACACUUUGGAAUGCGUAUGCUCUGGAAAUUUCCUGUUUGGCCGAUGUACAUGUGAUUGAAUGAGUUCCUUGGCCAGGUUUUUUUUUCUUCCUGUUAUGUCUGUUUGAGUUUCGUGGAGCCAGCCUCUGAAUGUUGCCUGAUCUGGAUGUGGAUUAAUCAAAGUGUGAAUCCUUGUGAAUCGUCUCAACUCCUUCCUGCACUUUCUAUAUGCAUCUUGGUGGAGUUGGACUGGCGGGCCACUUGUAGAGUGAAUCCUUAACUUCUUGUGAACUUAACCGUGUGGUCGUCGAACGGUAGGACGGGAAUUGCACAACAAACUUGUUUUUUUUUUGUUUUUUUUGUAUUCGUCCUAAUCCUGGAUCAACUGCACAGACUGUGAAUUACACCAUAUUCAAGGAACUUUUCUUCCAGGAACUGAACUGAAUUCAUUAUCUGAUUUUGAUUUUUAUAUUUUAUUUAUCUUCCAUUUUAUGGUGAAUGAACCCUGUGGUUACUGGUUAUUCAGUCCAAUAGCUGAAAUUUUAUUUGUUCAUGUUAAACUAAUUGGAUGUUAAUGUUUAAAGAGUGAAAACUCAAUAGGGUUAAAUUCAAGAACAGGUAAUUCAGACAGAAAGGACAGUGAAAGUUUAUUUUAUUUAGUCUCAAUUUAUACACAAACAACUUACAUUUGCCCUAAUUGAAUUCUGAACUGAAAAUUAAUUGUAAUAAGUGAAACAACCAUCAAAUUCCUGGAAAGAAAGAAAAAGGUUCCAAAUUAGUGUAACGUGAAUAUUCCUAUGUCACUGCAUUUAAAUGAAAUCAAUUAUUUCUUGUUCAAUACAGUCAAAUCUUGCUCUUACCAAAAACCUUGAAUGUUUGAAUUUGUUCACUCUUGUUGCACCAUCUCUCUCUGUGGACAAACCUAGUCUUCUGAGCACAUUGGUCCAGUUGUAGAGUCAACAUAAAAUGUACACCUCAGGUGUGGGUUACAAAAGUGGCGAGCCAGCCAGGAGAGAGAUUGGCCUGCAGCAAAAGUGACUGGUUAGAAGAGCUGAGUUAAUUUGAAAAAUAUAUACAUUGAGCAGAAAACUGACAACAUGGAUAUUGUAAAAAGAGAAAAUGUAAAUGUCUCAAAUGCCGUAAUAGUCAGCGGCUUGACAUUGUCUGAAACAGAUCAGGACUUAGAAACAUGGCUGUUGAGAUAUGGUAGUAUCAAUCGCAACCUUCUCAUUGACGACCCAAACUCUGAAUUCCAUCGUCAUGCUAUUAUAGAGUUUACUUAUAGCUCUGGCAUGAAAACAUUAAUGCCCCUGCUACCAGUGACAAUGGUCAAACCCAGAUACCACUUUCAUAGUGCGUGCCUUAAACUCUAUCUACCCUCAUGUAGCUAGUGAUAGCGCCACCAAGGGGUAUUUGGAAGAAUUGCAAACUAUUGCUAGCACAAGUGGAAAGUCAAUUGAAGAAGUGCUCCAGGAGAAGUUAAAGAAAAUAAAAGCUGGCCGUUCAUUUGCGGAGCCCUUAUCUGCUUCAGGUGAAAGAACUGAGUAUCCAAAUGUAGCAGACUCUCAAAUUCGUGAUAGCAGCACAACCAGCUCACUGGACGAACAGUUGUCCCCAGCCAAAUCACAGAGAGUUACAAUAGAACAAGAGGCUAUUCCUUUAUCAGAAACUUCACCAUUUUAUGGAAUUGUAUCUGAUAAUUCACAAAACCUGUCCAAGGAAAGACCUAGCAAUAGAACUAGCAAUCCUGCAGCUACAGCAUUACCCCAUCCAGUACAUACAAUGGACAUGAUUGAUCCUCCCAGUGUGCAAAAAGUUGUAGUUGAACACAUUGUCAGAACAAAUGACACUGCUGCAUUACAACCUGCCUCUUUUCGUCUCAGGUCCUUCUCUGGGAAAGUUCCUAGACCAGUUAACGAACCAGACUUUGACACGUAGCAGGCGAGUGUUCAAUUUCUUUUGGAUGACCCUUCCAUUUCCGACCUGUCCCGCACGAGGAGAAUACCUGAUAGUCUGCUCCCUCCUGCAGCUGAUGUCAUUAAACAUGUGAGUCCCCAGUCUUCACCUUAAGUUUACUUGGAGUUGUUAGAGUCUGUCUAUGGAUCAGUGGAGGAUGGUGACGAGCUGUUAGCAAAAUUCAUGACCAUGCUACAGAACCCAGGGGAAAAGCCCUCCAGUUAUUUGCACCGGUUGCAGGUGAUGUUGAGCACAACUGUAAGAAGUGGCGCCAUUGCAGAGAGUGAGCAAAACCGUUGUCUGAUAAAGCAAUUCUGCCGUGGAUGCUGGGAUAAUGGGUUAAUUGCCAGUUUGCAACUAGAAAAGAAAAAGACCAACCCACCUUCCUUUGCAGAGCUGGUAGUGUCCAUCUGCACAGAGGAAGACCGGCAAGCCUCAAAAGAGGACAAAAUGAGGAAUCAUUUUGGAUUGAACAAACAGAGUAACGCCCCCAAAUUGAGAACUGCUUCCCAUCAAAUGUCCGCAUACUCCCCUGAUUCAGUUGGCGGAGCAGCUGGAGAGGUGGAUACCAUGAGGGCUCAGAUAUCUGAAAUUCAUGCUCAGGUUGCUGCUAUGCAAACCUCAACUUACCAGAAGUGCCAGCCUGAUUAUUCCAAAGAAUGCUGAUGUGACCCAGUUAAAGAAAGAGCUAAUAGAACUACAGUCACAAGUAGAGGCAAUGAAAACAUCCAUUUCUGGUAAAGUGCCAAAAGAAAACCCAGCAGCUAAGGAAAUAGCUGUAUUGAAGAAACAAGUGGCAGAAUUAAAGGCUCAGUUGGCCGCCCCUGAAAUACCCCAACAUCGGUCAGGGAAGACGGCAACCUCCAAAAGCCCAUCAGCAAAAUUCCAGCAUAGACAAACUGGGAAGGAUGAGAACAAUCAGCUUAGAAGUGGUUCUGUGACAUUCACUCGUCCUCGUCCUGGAUACUGUUUUAGAUGUGGGGAAGACGGACACCUAGCCAUCAAUUGUGAAAAUGACCCUAACCCUUCUAAAGUUGAUGAAAAGAAAUGCCAGUUGAGAGAAAGACAAGUCCAGUGGGAUCUAAAGAACCAAGCAGCCACCGCCCAGUUAAACAGCAUGCAGUCUCUGUAGCAGGGCAUAUGAAGACUGAGACAAAACAUCAGUGCCCUAAAACCAAACUGCCAAAGGGGCUAAUUGGAAUGAAAUGUACUGCUCAAAUCUAUGUUAAUGAAAUUAAAGUGAACUGUCUUUUAGACACUGGUUCCCAGGUGACCACCAUCCCCUUGUCUUUUUAUGAAAAGAACUUGUCCCAUUACCCCAUGAAACCAUACUUGAUGUGAGGCAUUGACAAUCACGUCACAUUAGUUUAAGCUAAUGCUAAAACACGUCAUUAACAUUCAUUUGGAAUGACACGGACAUACGAGUAAACAUCGCACUUCUGCUUGUUUCACACUAAUCUCUACAUAAUCAACAUACAAAUAAUUUAGAGGCUUAGAAAUCAUCCUUACAUUACUUUUCUCCGACUUCGAGGCAUUGAAUCUCCCGGGAUAGCGAGAAGUGUCCGUUUGCAUCAGAGGUUAGAGAGAAAAGAGAAAGAUCUCAAACGUGCAGGAUAUAAUAAUCGCGCGACGGCGGAGAUUUAGUGACGUCGGGCGCGAUCUCAUUGGAUAUUUCAUAAUGUGAGAAUAUUAUUGGAGAAUUUUGAAACCUUCAAUAUUUUAUACAUAUAUAUUUAUAUUAUAUACAAUUUUAUGUAAUUAGUAAAAUUAAUUACAUCAUAAUUUAUGGUUUCAGCCUCUUUAAACUUAGUUUAAUAUAUUGUUUUAUAUAUAGUUUGUUUAAUUCAAAGGUUUAUUUAUUUAUUUUUUUUCUUUCUCAGUCACUAACCACUAGUAACCUGGGUUACACUUUCCCCCACUAAAUUCAGGCACGUCCUCGGGCAUGCUAGGGGUUGACUUGUCACCACUGAGGGAAAAACACUAGGCAUGUUUACAGACUGAUCACUGACAAACGUGGAUUCUUCCGAAGUAGUUGUAAGUGCUGAACUCAAGCCUUGCAGUAAUGACUGGAUAACCAGUGUUAACGGAUUUCCUAGUUUAUGAUACUGAAAUUUGUUAGGGGGUCCACACUGCCUUUUAGAGCGUCUAGGGCCAAUGGCUCCUAGGUCAUCGUCCAUGACUGGUUGGUCACCAGAAACAUCUUGGGCAGGUGGGGUUUGAUCAAUUGACUGCGCUUCUUCACUCACAGGGUCUGAUAGGCUUGGACACUCCAGCACUCUUUCAUUCACAGGCUCUGACAACUCUGGAAGCUCAGUCUUUUUAGUGCAUUGGCUUCUGCAGUUCUCCACAUCAUUGGUCGGUGAUGACUCGUAUGUCCGUGUGAUUCCAAAUGAAUGUUAAUGACGUGUUUUAGCGGCACAACAAGCCAGCCAACACGGCCGAGAGCUUCAAACCAACUGCAACAGUGAGCAAUUAAAGACCCAUUAAGAUCAUUUUAGGCAAAAGAGCUGAAAUAUCACAAAUACAGUCAAUAAUAUAGAUUUACUGGUUUAUCACUUUCCACCAAUAGGUGGCGCUGUGACCAAAUUCAUGCGGUAUGGUCAGAGUGAGGUGACAAUGACAAUCGCAAAGUUUGGUGUGAAUGUCAAAGCAUUACAGAGAUACAGCCUCAAGAGUCAUUUUGGCAUCAAGCCUCUAAUUCUUCACUGUGGUAUAUGAAUACGGUUUCGUCUAUCAACACGAAAUCUAUAACAUUUAUUCGACAUGGUUUGAAGAUGAUACGAUUCAAUUUCGGUGAAAAUUGGACAAAUGGUCUAAGAGCAGUUUGAAAAUUAAAAAUGGCGGAAAAAUUUUCAUGACGCAAAAUGACAUAGGGUGCAAUCGAUUCGUCUUGACCCAAGGAAUCAGGAUAAAAAAGAAUUUAGUUUCUAACCCUUACGGUUCAAAAGUUAUUAACAAACAUGAGCGCAACUUUGGACAGCUGGUGGCGCUAGAGGGAUUGAGUUAGGGACUCCAAAUUUGCUAUGGACAAAGCUCAGACUGUCCUCUAACUGUGUGCCAAAUUUCACAACUUUCCCGCAAGCGGUUCUAUGGGCUGCCAUAGACUUCCGAAGAAGAAGUGCCUAAGCACCUUCGGUGCUUGGCCCCUAAUUAAAGCUGCAAGCAGCAUUUACCGGGGUUCAAGCAUUUAAGGCCUCUAAGCAUAUAAAAAGUUAUUAUAUUUUAUUCAGCAAGCAUGUAAACACUUCAUAGAUGGAAAAGACCAUUUACAGACAAUACUGGCAAUUCAGUAAGGAAAAACAUGGUUUUUAAUGGGGUUUUUUUUGGCAGUUAUAGCGCCAUCUAUUGCCCAAUCUCCACCAUUUUUUUUUUUUUUGGGUGUCCUCAGAGAAUGUCCAUACAUAUGUGUGCCAAUUUUGGUGAAAAUAUCUCAUUUCGUUUUGAAGUUCUAGACACUUAUAUUUAAGAGAGCAUAAAAAAUGACCCAUGAAAGACUUUGAUUGGAUUUUUUUGCUACUUCCUAUCAAAAUUUUGACAUUUGGGCUUUAACAUUUAGUAAACCAACUUAGUUUCCAUGUUUCCUACGCUGGUUUCGUCUCGAUCGGACUGACGGUUUCGAAGAUAUUAGCAAAAGUUUAAGCGCUAAAUCACAACGUAGCACAAACCAUAAGCUGAAACCUGGCAAGUCUGGUAUCGUUGGACUUGGCAAGGUUUCAGGAGUCUAAAGAUGUGACUCCUGUGAAAAUAAGUCGACCACACACAAAGUUAUAUACAUUUUCAGCUAAAACCAUUAAAAACAUAUGUUUUUCAAAGGUUUUUAACAGUUAUAGCACCACCUAUGGUCCGAUCUCCAUAAAAAUUGGCCUGCUUCUUUAGAGUCAUAUGCUGCAUGUGCUCAUCUAUUUUUGUGAAGUUCUGAGUUUUUGUUUAGGUUUUAUAGGCUUUUGGGUAUAUUUAGCCACGCCCACUUUCUAAAUGACCUUGUUAUAGCAACCCAAAGGUCAAAGUUCAACUCUUUUUUAAUAAUUAUUGACCUAGAGAGUCCAGAGAAUUGUCCUACACUGGUUUCGUUCCGAUCAGGCGAAAAACCUAGGACUAGUUCGCAAAAGUAGGUUUUUCACAAAAUUCAAAAUGGCAGAAAAUUUGCAUACCGGAAAAUCGGACUCAGCUUUCCAGUGAUAUAAGACACUUGAGUCUGUGACAAACGGUUUAGGAGUUAUGAGCCAUUUCGCACUAUUGAUCGCUGUAGCGCCACCUAUUGGCCGAUUUGGGUCAUACUUUGUGAACCUCUCCUCGAUUUUUGUACUAUCAUCUGACAAAGGUUUAAGUCUCUAGGCCUUACGGUUUGGGCUGCACGAUUAGUUUUACGGCAGAAGAAAAAUAAUAAUAAUUAAAGCUGCAAGCAGCAUUUACCGGGGUUCAAGCAUUUAAUAGUCGGGGCCAAAACUGAUAUUAAAACUUUGUCGGACACUUUUUGGUACAAGCGUACAACCUAUCCAGUAUUAAUAUUUAACCCCUCAACAUGUGUUCUAGCCAGAUUGUCAGCUUAGAAAAUGUUUUUUUUUUUUUUUUUUUUGUCCAUUUUAACACUAUAUUCUUAAAAGUGGUAAAAGCGGAUUUUUUUUUUCCAAAGUGCUUCCAUUUUCUUCCAUGUUGCCUACUAUAAUUUUGGGCAAAUGUGCAAUAUAAUCCAACUUAUGUGCAAGCAUGAUCAUUAAAAAAUAAUAAUCAAUAAAUACCACAAGAGUAUCACACCACAAGGGGCACUGUUGUGUCAGCACAGCUGUGAUUUGGCAUGAGGCAGCAGAUCCAGAGAAGAUGAUCACAGCAGGUGUCAACAGUCUGAACAAAACUUUAUAAAUGCCAGAAACAGGUCAGCUAAACUGUUUUCUAACUAGCUAUACUUCCCAGACAGAUCGCUAGGCCAAUUUACUUUCAUAAUUACUAGCUUACUUACUAAUAGGUAAAUUAAGUUUUGUGCAGAUGUGUAAUGGAAAUAUUAUGUUUAUAAUUUAUUUGCUGCACAGCAGCCUAUUUUACAGUCUGCUAGAUAAAGUGUUAACCAGUUUGUUAGAUAGCCAAGCCCUCAGCUUAUGUCAGAAGACAUUGUAGUGAUCCACUCAGAAACCAAUCAGACUAGUGUAGUGAACCAUUUCUUUGCCUUUUAGAUGAGAUAACAUUGGAUCCAGAGGGAGCUGUAAGCCUAGCGUCCAAAGAAAAACAAAUAGGAAGAGAUAUUGAUUGGGAAAAAUGUUUCAUUUGUCAAGACAAAUAUGGAAAAUACAGCCAAGAUAAAGCCCUAAGAAAUCCUUCUGAGAGUGGGCUAAAGUGUAUUAGAUUGAGAGCAAAUGAACGGGCGAAAUACCAAGACGUGGAGCAUGCUGAUACCCUGGAGAGAACUGAGGAGUUUCUGGACACAGAAACUGAAAAGAUAAAAUGGCACAAAACAUGCUAUGCAGCUUUUACAAAUGUGACUUUUAUUUCCCGCCUGAAGAAACGCUUUGAAAGUGAAAAGAAGUCACUAAAUCUUGCAAGCAACUGCCAGCCGAUCACCACUAGGAGUUCGAUGCCUCCAGUGUCUUGGGAAAAAUGUAUUUUCUGUCAGAAAGACACACCUGAGGACGAACUUCGAAACAUCCAAGUCAUGACGACAUCUAAAAAGAUUCUUGAUCUAGCUCAACAAGACACAGAAUUGCGACUGAGGCUUGCAGGAGUCAAUGACUUGAUUGCCGCAGAAGGCAAGUAUCAUCUUAUCUGCUACAGGGAGUUCCUCAGGAAGUAUCAGAGCACUUCAUCAAGAGCAGGUGAUCCAUAUUCUAUUUGCUUACAUAAUGUGGCAGAUGAGCUUAGAGCAGGACUUGCCAGAGGUGAAAUAUACUCGUUGAAAACAGUUUGGGAAAGAUACUGUAAAUUUUUGGGAGACUUUGAUUUGGAACCAGGAAUAUACAAAGGUCAGCGUUUCAAGACAAAGCUUGAAAAGUUGCUUCAAGGAAAAGCACUAUUUGUUCAAUCAUUAAAAUCAACUGAUUCCAUCAUUAUAUUUCCUGAAAUGACAGCUGGAACUGCUCUGCUUAACAUGAAGAAAUUAAUGGAUGACAAACAAGAUGAUGCUAAAGGGAUGACAAUGGCUAGCUGUGGAACAGACAAGGACACUGAGAUACUGAGUUGGCUGUAUCGGGUGUUGGUAAAGGUCAAGGCAGACAUCAGGGAGUCCCCAAGACAUGAUGUUAUUGGAGGAAUAGAUCAGCAUCAUGCAGAAAAAACUGUGCCUGACAGUCUGUACAUCCUCUUACGGCUCCUUUGCAUUAAUGAUGAUGACUCCGAAAAUGAGAAUGAACAAUCCCAUCACACAAAGCUACUCAGCAUUGCUCAAGACAUUGUUUUCCUGGCAUCUGGUGGACGAAGACCAACACCAAAACACAUUGGAAUUGGAGUUGCUUUACACCAAGCUACACGCUCAAAGGACUUUGUGCAGUUACUUCAUGCUGCUGGGCACAGCAUAAGCUAUGAGUCAGUGUUGAGAGCAGAUAUUACCAUGGCAAAUGAGGCUAUGAAGAGAUACUUUGAGAAUGGUGAAGUAUACAUUCCACUGAAGUUUGUCAAUGCUAGUCUCCCUGGAUACAUAAUGUAUGCAAAUGACAACAUAGACAUAAAUGAGGAGAGCCUUGAUAGGAAAGGAACCUUUCAUGCUUCCCAGACUGCUGCUUUCAGACGAAGUAAUCCUGAAGAAGAAAUCCCAAAAAUAAUGCUGAAAUCUGGGAGAUCAAAGUCAGUCUCAGUUCCACCAGGAGUGUUUGAACUCAGUGAUGCUGACAUGGAAUCGCAGAAGCCCCUUCCCAAAUUUUCAUGGUUCAGUUACACCCGAGAUGUAUUAUUCAGACACACAACUAACUAAACAAUCAAAGAACCAAGAUCUUGCAUGGAUUAUAUGCAGACUACAGAACACAGAUGAUCAGGUUGUUCCAUCUUGGAGUGGCUUCAACCACCUUGUGUCAAAAUCAGAUUACCAAAAAACAGUCAUAAAUUCUGUCAUAAAUUCUCCAGCUCAUGACUAUGACACAAUCUGGACAGUGUUACAGAACUGCCACAAAAUGACUACAAAACUGGGCCAAAGGUACACAAUCAUAACCUUUGAUGAGCAGCUCUACUGCAAAGCAAAGAUGCUCCAGUGGCACCAUCAAAAAGAGUGUGAGGAUAUUAUUAUUCUCUUGGGUGGCUUUCAUGUGCAGAUGAACUUUUCAAAGGUCAUUGGACAGCAUCUUGCCAAAUCUGGACUGAGGGACAUUCUUGAGGAAAGUGGUGUGUUCGGAAAGAACACAGCUGAAAACAUCAUGAAGGGAAAGGGAUGGAACCGUGUAGCCCGUGCACACAAACUUGCCUUUGAAGCACUUUGGAGAAUACUGUGGCCAACCUUUCUGCAAUGGGUGGAUGACAAUGAUAGCACAAUAGACAACGGUUGCUUUGAGGUUGGCAGACGCACUCUCCGAACACAUGCGACGUGGAGAUAUUGAGGCAGCUGCAGCAUGCUUUGAAGAUCUUGUUCUGAAAGUUGGAGAGGUUCAAGAUCUCCUUGCUGAGUUUGACAAGGCUAAUGAAAACAAACCAGCAUUUACCUUCUGGCGACAAUACAUGGACCUUGUGUCUAUUCUCCUGGCAUUCACACGGGCACUGAGAUGUGGUGACUGGAAGCUUUACAUGUCGGCCUUCAAGAGCAUGAUGCCCUGGUUUGCUGCAUAUGAUCACACCCACUACACAAGAUGGGGUGCUGUAUUCAUAGCAGACAUGGAACAUCUGGCACAGACGGCACCACGGGUCUACCAGGGCUUCCUAGAUGGUGAUUUUGUAGCCAAAGAGGCCAAACACAGCUUCAACAAGGUGCCAUUUGAUCUUUGCCUUGAACACAUCAACAAAACCGGAAAGGUUGCUGGAGGAUUGGUAGGCAUCACUCGAAAUGAGACAGCUAGAAACCGUUGGUCCAUCACCUACAAUGAACGUGCAUCUUUAGCACAGGACACUAGAUCCCUGUUUGGACUGACACAUGAUGGAGAAGAUGAUGAAGACAACCACAAAGACUGCCUUCCAUCAAGACUCAGAAGGGAUAAUGAUGAUGUCAUUCAACUUGUAGACCAAUUCCAGAGAUACCAUGUCUUCCAACUGGAGAAUAUGUAUGAGUUGGUGUCUUUGACAACCGGUGAUGUUGCUUCAGAAGAUAUACUGAAUGACCUAACACAUGCUGCAGAGUCUGGGAAACAAAUGGUAACUGAGCUGGUGAAAAAAAGAAUGAGCACAAUGAACACAAACUUCCAUAACAGCCUCACUAAGAGAAAACUCAAAACAUUGUCAAAUCUUUACAGAACAGACAGCAAACUUGGAAAACUCAAAUCCAAGUGUGUGAAGCCUGACAGGGAUAUUUUCCGUCGCAUCAUUGUAUCCAUGGACAGUGGCAGAGAGGUUAACAUAGAUGGGCUUCUCCAAGAAGAACUGUGCGCAGUCCCCCUUUCACUUGCCACAACAGAGUCAGUGCUCAGACCUACUAGCAAAGCUGACUUAGCCACCAUACUACAAGCUGGUGCAAAAGAGUAAGAGCAAUAGGAAAACCUCAAAAUGCAUCAACCUUUGGGGAUUAUGCUGACAUUUUCAUACAGAAAGUGACUGGCAAUCUACAUGGGAACAUUACUAGAGUGGAUCUAGUCUUUGAUCAGUACCUACAGAACUCCAUAAAGGGUGGAACAAGAGCAAAACGCAGCACCACGCAGCGAGAAAUUCGCACCAUUGUAAGUAAUGAUGUAAAGAUGCCAGAUAACUGGAAUAGUUUUAUUGAAAUGGAUGAAAACAAGGCCAAGCUGACACAAUUCAUUUCAAUUGAACUUGAAAGGCAUGUCAUUCAGUAUGGUCUUGAAAUUGUAAUAAGUGGGGGAUUUGAUGAUGCUGAAAAAGUGGCAACGGCAGCUGGGAUUGAUGUUUCCCACCUACGGGCUGCACAUAAAGAAGCAGAUACCCGCAUAUUGCUACAUGCAGUUGAUGCCACAGCCAAAGGGUAUGAGAGGCUCAUCAUUCAGUGCAGAGACACAGAUGUACUGUUGUUGCUUCUUGUUUGCACACCUGCUGAGCCCAGAAAUUUGGAUGAAAGCAAGAACUGCCAAGAAACCAUGCUACAUUAAAGUGCAUGAUAUUAAAAUGUCAAAUGAGAUUCUGGAUGGUCUGUUGGCAUUUCAUGCCAUCACUGGAUGUGACACUACCAGUCAGUUCACUGGAACAGGAAAAAGGACCGCGUGGAAAGUGUUCCAGCAGUGCCCUCAUCUUCUCCACAACUUUGAGGAUGAAGUACCAAGUCCAGCUAUUCUAUUCUCAGCAGAACAGUUAGUCUGCAAACUGUAUGAUCCAAAAACGACCAGCACUUCAAUCCAUGAUGUUCACUGUGCCCUGUUUCGGAAAGUGAAAGCCAAUGUGGAUACUUUACCACCAACUAAGGAUGCCUUGUUUCUGCACCUCAUGAGGGCCCACUAUCAAACAAAGGUUUGGAAACAGUCACUAGUGACCCAUCCACAGUUGCCCUCACCAACCAGUUGUGGUUGGCACAUGAAGGAUGGAAUGCUUGUCCCCUAGGUUUUAACUAAAGAACCUGUACAGGCCAGGUGCUUGGAGGGAGCUGACGACAUGUGGAUGCAAGGAAAGUGGAAGUCAGUGCAGUACCAGGCAGUGUCGAUGUCGAAAAAGUGGAAUAUUUUGCAGUGGGGCAUGUGGGUGUGCCUGUGCAGCUUGGUGCAAGAAUACUCAGGUACAUCAUUAUUAUUGAGUUUUGCCACAUUAUAUGCAACUAUAUUGUUUCAGAUUAUUUGGCAUGAUUUGGCUGUUUUGUAGAUUGGAUUUAUAUUAUGCCCUUGGAUGCAUGCAUGCAUGUUUUGUUUUGGGAAGGUAUUCAUUAUCAAAACAGUAAAUUAUUCUUUUGUGUCCCUGACCAGGACUCAGCCUGAGCACAUUGACAUGGUCCCUGGGUGCCUUCUGUUGGCUGCCUACCUGAGUGCCACUGCUUUGAUGGAGAAAAAACAUACCUUUGCCAUACGACUAUUACAUAGUUAUUACUACUAACUAUUUACUAACCCCUAACCCUAAAGAAGUGAGAGAGCAGUUAUGUUAGGAUGGAAUUGAUAACAAUAGUGAUAUGUCAAUUAAAUAUAAUUUGCGUCACAACCUGGUACAUUAAUGAAGUCAAAUAGCACCAUAGACCACCAUCUACAGUUCUACAUUUCCGCCUUGACAUUAAAGUAUUAUAACUUGUGCAGCAUUGCACUGUCUCUCCCUACAAGCUUUAAACUUGGCUUGACUCAUUCCCAUAGAUAGGGGUACUGAUUGAUAGAGGUUUUGGGAUACUAUGUUAUGUUUCCAAGCUGAUAAUCACUUUGAAAACUGGUUCUCUUUGGGCGGAGAUUUUUUUUUUUUUCAUGUUCUAGUUCUGUUGUCUCUUACACUGUACAAUAAAUGUUCAUUCUGACACUUCAGCAGACAUCCCAUGAGUGUUGGCUUUCAUUUGAUACCCUUGUUAUGUAUAUGGUCCUUUUGGUUGUGGAGAUAUUCAACAUUUAUUGUUGGCAUGUUGUGUUGAGCAGGAAACCAAAAAAUUGGCCUGAAAUUGCUUGUACAAGUCAAAAAAAAAAAAAAAAAAAAAUCAGCUUGACAACCACCCUAAUAUCUUACCUAUGGGUGUCUUCUAACUAAAAAAAUUGGGUGACAGCUAGUACCAAAACAUGUCCGCAAAAGUCUAAACGGAAGCCCUUUUCAGAAUUGGCCCCCAUACUAUAAGGCCUUUAAUUAACACAUAUGCGUAAAAAGAUACAAAGCUUUAUUUAGCAAGCAUGUCACCACUUAAAUCACAGAGGAACAGCUAUGAUAUAUGCUAAACCAAACACAGAGAAAGAAAAGGCUUAAACAAUAAUACGCAUGCUUACACAUACACACACACACCACUUAUUGGUUCACUAUCAUUCUGUGUCAAAACAGUGUCUGUUUUGUGUUUAAAGUACAUUUUCCAUGUUCACUCCAUUAAUUAAACGUGCCUACACACACAUUUUGUUGCAGAUAUAGAUAUUUGAAAUCAAUAAUGAGGUAAGAAAAUGCUUAUUUCAGGUUUCCCCUUUAA